UCCUCGCAUCUCUGGCUUUGUCGACAGUGUGGCAGCGGCGUAGGCUCUACAGAGGGCGUCGUCGGGAGCGUCGGUGGUGGCGGGAGCGGUGGUAACAGCAGCAGCGGCGGUGGCAUGGAUUGCAUGCCUCUACGUCCGGGUCCCUUUCACUAUUUGAUAAGCGAGCAGGCCAAGUCCUUGGUGGCCCUGCAGGAGCUGCAGAAUGAGGUCGGCGCUCUUCUCGAAUUUCGGGACCUCGUCAUGGAGACGUUCCCGAACCUCCGGCACAAGAUGGCCGCGACGGCGUCCGCGGGAGCGUCCGUGAUGUCGUCCUCCUGCGUCCAGAAUUCCCACAUCCCUUUACCGCUCUCGAGCCCAUCGUCGAGGAGGAUCAACGAAUGGGAACCCGGGAAGGUUAGACGGCGGAUACCUAGAGAAGGUGGCGAGUCGUCCUCGUCCUCCUUGCCUAGGAGUCGUAGUAACUCUCACAGCGGCGGCACCAAGAACAACUGCAGCGCCACAGUCCAGGAUUCCGGGUUCAGCACGGAAACGUCCUCGAAAGAUAGCGCCUCGACGGCAAUAGCACCUAGACCUAGCAGUCCCCGACCCGCUGUUCUAGACGAGGCGGAGGACGAGCUAUGGAAUCUCUUAGACGUAAUCCAUCGAAAGGGAAUCAGGCUUAGAGAGGAGGUGGAGUGUCUUCAGGGUCGGCUGGAGAGUGUAGCGCCCGAAGAUCUGGCCUCAACGGAUAUUCUGGACGCUGUUAGAGAAGUGACGUGUUUGGGUAGCAAUAGAACAACAACGAUAACAACGGAGGAUGGGAAGGAGGAUAAUGAUAGGGAUUCGCAAGUGAUAGCGCUUAGAAGAGAAAAGGAACAACUCCUGGAUAAGGUGGCCGAACUCGAGGCAGAGACCAUAUCCAGUCGCGCCAGGGCACAAGAGCUACAGUCAGAGCUUGCCGCGCUCUCCGCGUUGAAGUCCGGUCUAGAGGAUCGACUGAGGGCAGGACUGAACGAAUCAUCCUCGGACAUCCUCGUACCAGGCGCACAACGUCUUCAACCGAUCGCGCCCGUUGUUUUGUCGCCGAAAAGCAACAGCGUUAGUAAUAUUAAAAGCAAGUCUUCGGCAUUCGCUUCGGUGGCGACGUCCACGAAGGCUCACAAGAGCCGCUUCCGGACGAGGACCAUCGAGAAGAACGUGCUGUUAGACGUCACCGCCCACAACGACGCGUUACGCGACAUCGACGUCGAAGCGAGCGUGAACGAGAGAAGAGCAAGAUUGGGUGCUUUGGAUUCCGUCCUCGUGUCGCCGACAAGGGUCGCGCAUGUUAAAGACGUCGAUUCGAAGAAGAUUGUUGCCAUUCUCCGCGAACACUCUCCUCUCGAGCUGCAGCGGCAUUUAAUUACCACUACCGUCCAUAAUCAGGUCCUACAGAAGAGGUUAGACGAUGUACAGAAAAGUACGGAAACUCUGUCUGAACGGCUAGACAAGGCGCGCGAGGAAAACGACGACCUACGCUUUCAGCUGGAGGAGCGAAAUAUCCAGUUAGAGGGCACGCGGGCACGCGUCCGUGUGCUAGAAAAACUCCAACAACGCCCCCCGACGGAAAUCGAUCCGGAGGUGGACGGGGAGCAACCUAGAUGCGAGCAGGCUGGUCUGGAGCCAGGAAGUAGCACGGAGUCUGCUCGUGAUCAUCACCAAGCCGUGGAGGUGAAACCGUCACCUCGGCGGCGUCCUAGUCGUAUACCUUUACCCGGUUCCACGUCGAAAGCGACAGCGCCCAGACCGCCCAGCCACGGAAGAAACGACAGCAAGGAGUCGUUGAAAUCGUUGACGAGACCGCCCCGUGAUUCUAGUCGUGACAGUCACGGCGGCAAGUCUCUCUCGAAAGCACGUGACUCGAACCGAGACUCGCUGGGCAACAAAAGCCUGACGAAGAACAAUAUCAACAACAGUGGGGCCGGGAGCAAUAAUACGGGGAACGGCAGCAGCAAGGAGACGAACAGGGAGUCCCUGAACAGGUCCCUGCCGCGUAACAAUUCCAGCCGAGACUCCUUAAACAAAUCCUCCUCGCUGUCCCGCGCCCGUGACUCGCUGGAGUCAAACAACCUUGGCACGUCCUCAUCCCCUGGGAUGACUCCUCCUCGACGACCGCCCGCUCCUGCACGCCGUUCCUACAGCCUGGCCCGCCCGUCAACGUCCGUUGACACAGAGAACGGCAAGAGACACUCGACCGACAAUUGCCUUAAAAACGACGAAUCGCCCGACGAUCCACUACCAAAAUGUCUGAUCUGGAGCGCAGGCGAGCGUGCGUUCGAGCCCGUCCCCGACGGCGGUCCAAUAAAGAAAGUGGCCCCUUCUCGCGUGCCGCCGGUUUUUCUCAGUUGUUCCGAGCCACCGAGUUCCUGGUGCUCGACGAACGGCAGCUUUCGACACAGCGACUCAUCCUUGUACCCGGAUUCCUUGAACCAGGAGACGUCGUCGGUGACCGGCUCCACCAGGGUGGAAUUCAUCAUCGGCUCGCCGACCAGACGAUUCCGUCAGAGCUCUGUGUGGCCGCAUCGUUACUUCGAUAGUAUAGAUUCCACGGCUAUGCUGCCCGAGAGCCUUCUAACCGACGAAUUCUCUCUGAACCACGGCGAGGCCCUCGCCGAAUGCGAUUCCCUCGACUGUCAGCCUUUGAUUCUUAAAGCGCUUGAAGACUGAUACCUGACGUGUAUCUUUUCAUUGGUACACGGCGUAAAAGAGAUUGAGAUCCAUUGCUAGACUGCGGAUGUUUCUGUAGAUAUAAAUUUUCUGUGGGACUAGGUUACUUUAAUUUCUUCUCGUUAU